ACCUGAUUGUGUCACCCUCCCUCCAUCAUAUCUAAUCUUUUCUUUUUGCAUAUAAUCUCCCUGCAGGUCUCCAACUCCAUCCCACACAAUGUCUUUGCAUUCUCUCUCUAUGGCUUUCAGCAAAUUGCUUUAGUCUGGAGUGCCUUAACAGGUUACUUGUUGAGUUUUUGAGCAUCUUCUCCAACAAAGCUAAGAGCAACUUGAGGUUUUAAUCUUUGAUCCUUCAUUAAUGGCCACCAGUGCUCAAGGCUCCGACGAAGAAACAAGUUUCUUAGAUGAUUCACCAAAAGUUGAAUGGCGGCCAAGUACCACUUUCGUCCAUUGGAAGGGCUUCUGGCUUAUGCCUGAUCUUAUAAAAUCCAUCAUGAUCAUUGAAAAUCAAUUCAAGCCUCUCCCAUCAGAUAUACUCCUAGCUUCGUACCCUAAAACUGGUACAACAUGGCUAAAAGCUCUCUCUAUCUCAAUACUCAGCCACAACUCAAAGGCUUGGAUAUCGCCGGACGGCGAUGCCCAAGCCGAUCUAUUGCAAGCCCACAACCCCAAUGAACUCAUUCCCUUCCUUGAAAUGGAGACUUUUGGCGAAAACUGGUCUCAAAAUAUCAACAAAGUUCCUUCUCCAAGGGUUUUCAGCACCCAUCUCCCUUACUCAAUCCUACCCGAGCAUGUAAAGAACUCUGGAUGUCGUGUCGUUUAUAUUUCUCGCAAUCCAGCAGAUACUUUUGUUUCUAGUUGGCACUUUUAUUUCAAGAAGUUUGGUGCUUCAAUCUCAUUUGAAGAGGCUUUUGAUGAAUUCUGUAGGGGCGUUGUUCCGGGAGGUCCUUUCUUCGACCAUGUGUUGGAGUAUUGGAAAGAGAGAAAGAAUAAGAAUGUUUUCUUUGUUACCUAUGAGGAGUUGAAGGAGAAUCCAAAAGAGUCUGUUAGGAGUCUCGCUGAGUUCUUAGGAUGCUCAUGAUGAAAUUGAACAAGUGGUGUGGAAAAGUAGUCAUGAGAGACUGAGUAAGUUGGAUGCUAAUACUGAUGAAGGAAAAAAACAAUGGCGAGGAAUUCCGUUCAAUUGGUAUUUUCGAAAAGCAGUUGUUGGAGAUGGGAAGAACCAGUUGACAACUGAGAUGAUGGAAAGGCUCAAGGCUCUUGAAAAUCAAAGGUGGGAAGGCUCGGGUUUAAAAUUGAAACUCUCUGUCGCAAAGCCCAACAUCAAAUUGAUGGACAAAAUUUGAAGUCACAUUUGGUA